UGAAGGCUGGAGGAACCGGACCAGAAGCGACUUCCGCUGUUUUUUUUAAUCAUCGCAUUUGGGGCAAGCUAACUAGCCAUUUACUAGUAUUAACGGACAAUCCUUCCAUUUUCGUUGUUUAACGUAGCUUUUGUUUCUUUUUAAGAAUGUCAGAAAGAAAAGUCUUAAACAAAUACUACCCGCCAGACUUCGACCCAUCUAAAAUCCCCAAGCUCAAGCUCCCUAAAGAUAGGCAAUAUGUGGUCCGGCUGAUGGCUCCCUUUAAUAUGAGGUGUAAGACCUGUGGGGAAUAUAUUUACAAGGGGAAGAAAUUUAACGCCCGUAAAGAGACUGUGCAGAAUGAGCUGUACAUGGGACUGCCCAUCUUCCGCUUCUAUAUCAAGUGUACACGAUGCUUGGCUGAGAUCACAUUUAAGACUGAUCCGGAGAACACAGACUAUGCCAUGGAACAUGGUGCCACAAGGAACUUCCAGGCAGAGAAACUGCUGGAGGAGGAGGAGAAAAAGAUAAUAAAGGACAGAGAGGAGGAGGAGUUGAAUAACCCUAUGAAGGUGUUGGAGAAUCGUACGCGGGACUCAAAGAUGGAGAUGGAGGUUCUGGAGAAUCUCCAGGAGCUCAAAGAGUUAAACCAAAGACAGGCUUCAGUGGACUUUGAAGGAAUGCUAGGAACAUACAAAGUGCUGGAACAAAGGGAGAGAGAGAGGGAGAAGGAGGAGGACGAGAGGGAGACACAGGAGAUGCUAGAAAGAGCUCUAGUGAAGAGGUUGAGGGACUCAGACUCUGACUCAGACCAGGAGAGUGAGAGCUGCAGCAGCAGACCCAAGAAACCCAGCAUAGACCGGCCUACUGACAUCCUCACCACAGACAAACUCACAGACACACAGGGGCCCUCGGUGGGAACAUUGAGGAAGCCGAAGGUGGCGAGCUGGGAAAGAAGUGUGGGGGGGCUGGGAGGUGGAGGGGCACUGGGAAGCCUGGUGGUUAGAAAGAAACCAUCCAUCCCUAAACAAGGCACUCCAGUGCCCCCUGCAGGCCCUAACACACAGACAGUUCUGAAGACGGUAAUUUCUGCUGCAACCUUGACGACAGAGACUGCCAAACCAGUCACCACACAGAAUGGGUCAUCAUCUCUCAGCCUCCUUGGGGCGUAUUCUGACAGCAAUGACAGUAACGACAGUGAAUGAAAAUCUGGCAAUGCUUUGGCUACUCAAAAUGCUCAGCCAUCGACUGAAAUGUACUGACAUGGACCACAGUUUCAUUGGAUAUAGAAAUCUGUUGAUAUGAUUUUGAACAGUUCAUGAAAAGUCAAUCCAGAAAAGUAAUGGACUGAUGUGAGAUCAGAUUGUUAUUUGUAAGCAAAGGGUAUAAUUUCAUGUGUAUGUUGUUAUAAAUAAGAGAAAAAACAGAGGGGCAAUUGUGAGGUAAGAAACAACCAAAUACUAUAAUAGCAUCUAAUCAUUAGCUGUGGUAUAUUGGCCACAAACCCCAGAGGUUUCUAAUGGCUAUUAUAUUUCUGUUACCAACACAGAACAAUAUGAGAAGAUAUUGAGGGUUUGGAGCCAGAGGGGCAUAAGUGUCAUUUAACAAAUUUUACAGGAGAGCCAAAACUAAAUUUGGCCAAAGCCCAUUUUUAACAGUUAGGUCUUUAAGAUUUAUUGUUUUAUUCUUUAUUGGUCAUGAUGUCACUUCUUUCAUUUUGGCACUGAACAGAACUCGAGAGCUUUCAUUUGAUAUAUAUAUAUAUAACUCAUAUUUGCCCAAAGUGUCACUUAUGCCCCUCUGGCCCCCCUUGAUAUGCAGUGCUCAUGGUAUUGGGCCUGAUAUGCCCCAGCUGGACUCAAACAGGGUUUAAAUUGCCUGGUGUAUAUCUGCUGUAAGUACAGUGGUUGUUUCAGAGUACAGGAGAGUUUUUGAGUCUUGAUUUGUGAACCCUACCCCAGAUUUAGUUUUCACCUGGUAUUUUAUAAAAUAACUUUUUUAAAGCCACUACCCUCCA